CGCUUGACUCUUUGCAGCCCGUCCACCUCAGCCUUUAUUUCGGCUCCCUCCGCACCACCAUGAGGACUGCCGUGGUGGCCGUUGUCAUGGUGAUGUUGUGUACAUCAAUGGCGCACAGUGAUGUUAGGCCACAGAGGGAUUUCAACCUGCAGAGGUUUGUGGGUAGGUGGUUCCGCGUGGGUUUGGCGUACGACUCGGCAAGCUUUGUCCCGUACCGAGACAAACUGAGGGCAUCCCUGGGUGUCGUCACAGCGCAGGCAAAUGGCAACGUUAACCUCACGAUGUGGGACGCCACGCCGGCAGGGUGUCGCAGUAAAAUGUACUACUAUGAGAAGACAAACAUUCCAGGACAGUUCACCUACUUCAGCACACGUCACAACAUGGUGAAGGACAUUACCGUUGUGGAGACCAACUACAGCGAAUAUGCACUGGUGCUCAAACACAAAGUGUUUCACAGAGAGUACACCCAGGUGGCCCUUUAUGGUCGCACUCAGAGGUUGAGAGUUGACGUCAUUCAGAAGUUUAAAGCCUUCGCUUUGUCCCAAGGAUUUCCAAGAGAAGCUAUUCUCACCCUGCCGUCAGCAGACAACUGCCCUCCAUCGCCAUCUGGAUAGGUCCCUUGUCGCUUCUCCGGUGUGUUCAAUUGCCAUUUUUUUCCUUUCAAUUAUAACCUGACAACAAGGAUGAUAACAUAACAAAACAUUCUGAAGUGAUGCAAAUCCAGAUGUACAUUAUCUUUCCAUCUCUUCUUUGCUCUUCUUCCUGUCUCUAAUAUUGCAAAUUUUACUGUCAUAAUUUUUUUCUUGAAAAAUAUGCAGAUUUGUUCUUAAUAUUAGAAACCUUUUCCUCUUAAGAAAUUGUGACUUAUUUUCAUAUUACAAAUUUAUCCUGUAAUAUUGUAACUUUUCUCUUAUUUUUGCAACAUUAUUCUUGUUAUAUUUGAACUUUUUUCAUAAUAGUGCCAUGUUAUUCUCAUAAGAUUACAAAUUUCUUCAUCAUAAUUUUGCAGCUUUAUUCUCCUAAUUAGUAUUUUUCUUUAUCAUAUUUUGUUUUCUUGUGACAUUGUGACUAUAUUCCAGUGAAAUUGGUGAAACUGUUAUUGUUUCUGCUGUUUCACAGUGAAAUGCUAAAUAAACUAUUUACAACAU